AUGCCUAUUUUAAGAGUAAGUUCUGUCUCGGUCAUUAGUGUCUAUGCUCCAACUCUGUCAGCAGAUGAUCGAGACAAAGAUAAGUUCUGUGCGGAACUUCAAUUGCUAACGAAGUCUUUAACGAAAUAUGACAUGGUCAUAAUCGAGGGAGACUGGAAUGCUCGCAUAGAUCAUAAUGCCGCUGCGAUAGCCUCAACAAUUGGCAAAUAUGCCAUCGGAGACCGGUGUGCCAAUGGGGGAUGCCUUCUUUGGAUAGUAUGA